GUCUGCAGCGCGGGGCGCGACGAGGUCCCCGAGCGGAAGAGGGGUGGGGUUAGGGGCUUGUGGGCGGGACGGUUGAAGGGGCGGGGUGUGGCGGAUGAUGGCGCGAGUAUAAGUACGGCGGGGAGUCGGAGUCGGCCGGGGAGCGCGGAUAGUGAGGCCCAGGGGGGUAGGCAGAGGGAUGCGUUGAUGGGGAAGGUUGCUGGGGCUGGGGGUUUGCUUAGUCCUGGAGUCAGUUUUGGCCCUGGGGUUGGUCGUAGUGCGAGUAAAGAGCGGAGAAGCGGAAGUCGGACUAGGGAAAAUGGGAACGGGAACGGUGUUGUUGAUGGCUCGUCGGGGUUGCUGGGUGCGGCGGAUAUAGGACUCCCGUUUGAUGAGGGCGAUACGAAACUUACGUUACGCACGAAGGGGUUGAGGGAGAAUGUUGGUGCGCAUGCUUAAAGUGGAGGUGAGAUGGUGAGGUGAGGAUAUUUGGAGAUAUGUGGUGUGUAGUAAGUACAUAGGAAGUAAGUCGAAUGAGAUACCCCUUAGACAGGAGAGGAGAAGAGGAGGAUACGAAGGUAGUUAGAUGAGGAUGAUAAUUGAAAUUAUUGAAUGUUUUAA